GAGAAAUAAAAGGCGUAUUUGGAGAUAAUUUAUGCCAAACAUUAGGUGCACUUAGCCUAGCUUAGAUGUACUGCAGCCGAGUAUGUACACAUUUUUGUCGUUUGUUUUUAUAGUUUUUGGGUGAAACCACUGGAAAUUUUCAUCAAUUCCUUAAAAAAUUAAUUUCGUACAGUGCAUGGAUUUUGGAGCUACUUUCGAAUUAUAUGAAAAUUGUUGAAGUACAAAGUAGAAUGUUCCAAGCCUUAGUUCGUGAAGAAUUAGCGGCCCACCGUAACCUACUCCGCCAUAUCAGCACCCAAAUCUGGGAUCAUCCAGAAACUUUGUACGAAGAGUUUUUUGCUCAUGAUUUAUUAACUUCUGUGCUGGAAACUCACAAUUUCCAGGUGGAGGCGAAAUUUGGGGGUAUAAGUACAGCAUUUCGUGCGGAAUGUUCCAGCAAAAAUUUCAAUCCUCGAAUCCAUCAUACCGUGGGAAUAAUCUGUGAAUAUGACGCACUUCCGGUUAUUGGACAUGCCUGCGGACACAAUCUCAUCGCGACGGCCGGCAUCGCUGCAGCGUUAGUGUUAAAACGCUUGCUGAAAUCAGAUAAUACCAAUGACCAUCCGGAAGUUAAUGGCAAGGUAGUAAUCCUCGGUACUCCUGCGGAAGAAGGAGGAGUGGGGAAAUUGCGAAUGUUGAAAAAAAGUGCAUUUGCUGGUGUGGAGUGUGCGAUGAUGGUGCAUCCUUUCCCCUCAAACGACUUGAAACCGUUGGCCCUGGGCAUUAAUGAUCUGCAAGUAGAGUUUUAUGGAAAAUCCGCUCAUGCUUCAUGUGGCCCAUGGGAUGGCAAAAAUGCGUUGGACGGUGCUAUAGCCGCAUAUAACCAUUUCUCUUUGCUGCGGCAACAAAUUCCGCACGACCAUCGCAUUGGUUGCACCAUAGCCCACGGCGGCACAACUCCCAAUGCUAUUCCGGAAUUUGCUAAACUGAGUUUUCUUGUUCGAGCCCAGAAGCAGGCUGAUCUGCACGUCUUGACCGAAAAGGUGACCCGCUGCUGCGAAGCGGGAGCGGAAGCCGCUGGAUGCAGCGUGGAUGUAAAAAAUACGCUUCCGCCGGUUUGUGGCAUACUGCACAACGAGGUUCUGUGCGACCUGUUCCAGCACUAUGCCGCGGGCGAAGGAAUAUUAUUCAGUAGUAAACCAAGUGAUUUUUACGGGUCUACGGAUAUGGGUUGCGUCUCCGCUGCCAUACCUUCGAUCCAUCCGUGUUAUGCUAUCGGAAAAGCAAUCAUGAUCCACACCGAAGAGUUUCGGGAAAUGGCGCGCACGGAAGAAGCUUUCGACAAAACUUUGAGCGCUGCAGCAUCGCUGGCCAUGACCACGUUGCACUUAUUUCGGAAUUCGAAUGAUAUGUUACGUGCUAAAGCAGAAUUUUUGGCCACUCGCAGUGCAUUUUUGGGCAAAGAUAUCGAAAACUUUAAUUUUACAGAAAACCUUUAACUUUGAUCCGAACAAAUUAUAGUAUAACACAGACACGAACUUUCUAUACUAUCAACUCCAGUAAAAACGUAUUCCAGCAAAGACGAACAGAAAGCAAAAAAAACGUUUUUAUCUCUGGUUCUCCGCAUCAGAUUUAUGCAAGAUUCGAAUCACAUUCUGAUAACAAUGGCAUUAACAAGUUGGAGUAAUC